AUGAACAUAGAUAUCUUCUUGUUUUACUUAUUUUCGAUAUUUGCUUUAAUGUCUUCAUUGAUGGUUAUUGGUUUAACAAAUGCUGUUCAUUCCGUACGUUUGUUUAUUUUUCACCAAAUGUUCUAG